GGCACCUGCCCUGCAGGGCUCCUGGGUCUGUCCCUCCCCUUCCCCUCCCCCUCCUGGAUCUUGGGCUCUCUCCUUUCUUCCCCUCUCCUUUCCCCUUCACAGUAGCCUGAGAUGCAAUAGCCACCGGAGUUCGGGAGCCAGGUCAGCUGAGGCAUAGGCCUGGUUCGGUUCCCCAGGGGCCCAUGGCGAGCAGCCCUGGCCUGGGCCUGUGCUUGGCACUGAGCCUGCAACUAUUGAACCCCCAGCCCACCUUGGCCCAGAAUACUGGCAACGCUGGGUAUGAAAACAACACUACUACCCCUUCCACAGCACCACCAGCCAGUGGGGCCCUGUCCCAGGGUGCAGUCACUGCCAUCAUCACUGUAUUCUCAGUCCUGGGUAUCCUCCUCCUGGUAGUGGCACUGGUCCUGCUGGGCCGCAAGCUUCGUGAGAAACGCCAGACAGAGGGCACCUACCGGCCCAGCAGCGAAGAGCAGGUGGGUGCCCGGGCUCCACCACCCCCCAACCUGAAGCUUCCCCCCGAGGAGCGGCUCAUCUGAGCACUGCAUCCCCCCUCUUCCUGCACGUAACCCCAUACCCCAUUUCUGCUUUUGGACCUGCCUGCCAUUGGGCACUCAAUCACUUUGACAAUCUACUUCAGGAAGCAUCUGGAGUAACAGAUGCUAGGGACUGGCAGGGAGUGGGUAGGAGGGUGCUGGCUGAGCUGCUGGCCAUGGUCACCUUCACUGCACCACCAAGCCUGCUGUGGACUCCUGCCUUUGGUCUGUGGACACUGGCCUGGGACUGGCGGCUACUACUUCUCCUUUUCCUGACCCUAGCUGUGGUGGCCACCUGGCCCUCUCCCCUGGUGGCCUGCUUCUGCCUUUCAACCCUGGUCUCCUUGCCUUUCAGUUGUCCCACGUGACUGAAGCAGCCCCAGGUCCCCAGGACUCGAAGAACAAGGCGUAGGGCUGGGUGUCCUGCUGGGGUUAGGGUGGGUGCAAAAGGUUUGGGCCCCCUUUGUGGGGAGGGGCAGAGACUUUGGUGGGCACUGAAAUGGAGCACCCCUUCCCCCUCCCCAGGCCAUUUGAUUAACAUUCCACUCUCCCUGUGGCCACUUAACUCUCUCAGGACUAAUCUUCCCCUCUGGGUGAAUAAUAAUAGGCAUUUGAACUGAAAAGAAGGUGCUUGGAAAAGUCUUCCGCCCCUUCUGAAAAACCUCCCCCACCUCCUUUCACUGAAACUUCCUCUCCCUUUCCUUCGCCACUACCUCCAGUUCCCUAGAACUGUUCCUGGGAGAGGCUGCUUGAUUUGUAUUUUUUAUAAAGAUGGUCAU